GAACGCCAAUGGGGUGCUCCCAGCACACCCACUUAGCCCAGAGGCCACAGCUGCCUGCCCUCCAGGGUUCCCCCACCCCAGGGCAGGCCGGCGGGUGUCCUGAAGGAAGAAUGUUGGUUAAAGAAGUCUGACAGGUCUGGUCACCCGCCCUUCCCCACUCAGCGACACCAGGGACCCAGCGGUCUGCGGUGCGACUGGGGGCUCAGCCUGGCCUGGGGGCGUAGCGGAGGCGGGAGAGGAGGCCGCGAGGGGCGGCAGCGGAGAGCUCGGACCACAAACACACGACGCCCGGGUCUUGGACGUGGCGGGGAACGCGAGGCCCAGGAAGACGCCUGUGGGGCUGGGCCGGUUGUCACCACCCCUGCCCAGGGUCAGCCAGCGCCGCUUGGAGCUUCCAGCCCCGGGUACGCCUCGCGCGGCCCCGCCCCUUCCGUCGAGGCCCCGCCUGCUCCGCUCCAGGCCCCGCCCCUUCCGUCGAGGCCCCGCCCCCCGCUCCGGACCCGCGAGCAUGGUAGUGCUGAAGGGCAUCCCAGUGCUGCUGUCCCCCGAGCUGCUCUACGCCCUGGCGCGGAUGGGGCACGGAGACGAGAUCGUUUUUGCAGACGUGAACUUCCCCACCUCCUCCAUAUGCAGGUGUGGCCCGGAGGAGAUCCGUGCCGACGCGAUGCCGGGAGGGGGACAUGACUCUCCGUGGAGAGGCGAGGUCACUGAGGCACAGAGAUGUGAAACGUGGGCCAACCCCUCCCCCGCCCCGCCCCGGACAACGCAGGCCAGUGGUCUGAGGCAUGCUCGGUGGGCUGCCAGCUCCAGACCCAGCGGCCUUGGCUUCCACUCCCUGCUGACAGAGAUGAGCCAGCUGUGCCUCAGUAUACACCAUGAGCCAGAUGACCCAAGGAGGAUGGGCCGUGGGAAAGGCCAAAUGCUGGGAGGCAAGGAGCAGCCAAGCCUGCAAGUGACGCGCACACCCUGCGUGUUAGUGGAAACCAGCAGUUAGGGGUCGGAGCCAGGCUUGCGGACAAGUCAACCACCAAGAGGAGCAGAGAAGACGGCAAAAGAAAGUGCUCUCGGGCUUUCUCACCAGCAGUUUCUGUAUUUCCCAGUUUUGUACGAAGCGCACGAGUUCUUUAACAAUCAGGACCCAGUUCUACGGGAGAACUGAGGCCGUGGGGACAGCCUCUUCCCAGGCCCCACUGUGCUCACCACAGGAUAAGAGUGGCAACCCAGGGGUCAUGUCGGGGGACUUCUGGGCUCAGGGAAGUGGCCCAGGUGCCCUUCCUGAUAGAGGACUUUGAGGUCACCACCAAUAACCUGUGUAGUGCGGUGAAGGGGGACGGGCAGGGCGGGCCCAGAGCCAGGAUGGCCACAGGGCGGGGAGAUGCCAGUGUGGCCCCAAUAAGUGUCCCCAGGCGGGCAGCACGUGCCUGCAGGGCCUUCUCUGUGCUGGGCCCAAGUGCAUCCUUGCUGGCCAGCUGAGUGAGGCCCAGGGGGAACGGUGUGGACAGGCCAACAGGGCAGGUGGCACCAUCGGCAGCCAGGUGGGAGAGGGCUGGAGUCUCAGGCU